GCUGAGCGGCGUGUCAAUCUGCGCUCAGCGUCACGUCUUUUCAGUUGCAAAAAGGAAGUAGCGCAGGGCUUUUGUUACAGUCUAGUCAUUUAGAAACAACUGGAAUAUAUCCGCAGUUUAUGAUUUAAACAGCCACCCAUAAUCUCCUCCUCGGAGGUGUUUUAUAUGGAGGGGUACGACCGUUUGGGGGUUUUUAUUUUACUGUCCUUCCCAUUUGGUUCGGAGGUCUGAGAGAGCGCACCGACUCUGAGGUUUUACAGACAGUGGCCCUUAAGACCAUAUGUAUUUAACCUUUUGGGCAGUAAAGCUCUUUACAUCCUGCUUUUAACUUUACCCACGAGCAAAUCUGAAAGCUCACGUUUGUUCAUUUUUUUUGUUUCACAUUUGCGCACAGGUUAACUAAAGGUUUCACUGACACUCGGUCAUCGCUGAGCCGCCGUACGGUCUACAGGGUAGCUGUGGAGAAAGCUGGGCCGCGUACGACUCCAACAGCAGCACAUAGCUGUAACCCCACCCUGUCUUGGAUAGUGUAUCAUUAUCAGCACCUUUUGAAUUUUGCUUUCCUUAUAGCAAGUUAAAUUAGGGACUGAGGUGAGAUGGUACAAUCGCCUUUCCGCAAAUUUUGCUAAGAGAAUCAAAGUACAACAUGCAUUACAUUUUAACUCCGCGUAAAGGUAGCUCACUGAUGUGGGACGUCGUGUUUUAAAUAAAGUGGCUGUGUGAUUUUAUUUCUAUAGACUCUGUGUUGCUAUUUAAAAAUAUCCUCUCCAAUGCUCUUCAGUCACCAAGUUUGAUGAGAGUUUUGUUUCACGUUCCUGUUGCCGUUAAUCCAGUGGAUGAUCCUUUACAACGUGCCCGCUUUCUCAGCAGUUUAUAGCUCUGGCAGCACCAUGCCUCUAGCUUUCAGUCUGCUUCCCGGGGUCGGGUUCAGGAGAUCGGAUACAGAGCUCACCGUAAUAUUGCUGCGGGCGGCUUGUUUAAUAUUUCUGCAGAAACAUUUGGCUCCCCCCUCUGAAACCACGCCCCCCCCUGCAGAUUCACAGGACCCUGAUCCCUCCCCCUAGCCGAGCCGGCAGCCUAUAACCUCCCCGGGUUUCCGCCCAUUCCUCCACAGUUGAUUCUUUGGGAUGGUAUUGUCAUGCAAAUAAAGGACGCGUAAAAGAUUCCCCCAUAGCGCAGCGCAAGGCAGAGACUCAUACGGACCCCGCGGAGGACACAAACCGGGCCACGGUGGAUUUGUAUCGUUUUCAUCGCUACGGACCCGUCCAUCUGUCACAGACACUCUGGCCACAUGAGCAGCGACAUAUAGCCGGGACGUGUAGCCAGGAAACAGGUCGGACUGUUCAAGGAAAACCUGCGGAGACUGUCCUGUGGAGAUAGUGGUCAUACUCCAUCCCCUGCUACAGGCUACCUGCUGCUGCUACGGAGUAGGGGGAACUACAUCUAGAGACCCCUGGAUCGCUUGAGAGCACCCUUUUUUAUGUUUUAGGGAUUUUAGGAUCUCUCAAAUAUUAACAUUUUUUCACACCACGUGUGUUAUUUCCUCUCUUGUCCUUUUUGGGAUAUAUACAGUGCUCAUUUUUUCUGUUUUAGUACUUUAAAGUGCCUUAUUAACUGGCUAUAAUCCAGUAUAAUUGUGGCAUUGUCACCAGACCAGAGACACCUCAACAGGGAGAAGACGAUUAUUAUCAGCUUUAGGGCCGAGGCAGGAUUACUGGUUCCCCACCCUCCAGCGAGCUGCAGCCAUGAGCCAGGCGGAUGUGUCGACUUGCUCCGCGCCGCAAAGAGUUUUCCAGGAGGCGGUGAAGAAGGGCAACACCAAGGAGUUGCACUCGUUGCUGCAGAACAUGACAAACUGCGAGUUCAACGUCAACUCCUUCGGGCCAGAAGGACAGACGGCCCUACACCAGUCUGUCAUUGACGGCAACCUGGAGCUGGUAAAACUGCUGGUGAAGUUUGGUGCAGAUAUCCGGCUGGCCAACAGGGAAGGGUGGAGCGCUUUACACAUCGCCGCCUUCGGGGGCCACCAAGACAUUGUGCUAUACCUCAUCACCAAGGCCAAGUACUCCUCUGGCGCCCGGUGAUCUGUCUCUGCUGUCAGCCUACUGCUCAAAUGGCCAACAGUUGUAUAGAAGCUUCACAGCAGCACCGGCUCACUUCAUGAGAAGCUGUUAAGGGUGUGUGUGUGUGUGUUUUAAAUGAAGUGUGUGUGUGUGUGUGUGCCUCUCAUGAGACCUCCCUGUGUCGCUGACAUCUUCCCAUUUAAAACCUGGAAACAACCACAAGUAACUGAAGCAAUAGAUCCACUACAUCAAGGUAUUAGAUUGGUAUCAGGCAACAAAUGAAAUAUGCAUCGCUUGUCUUAAACUUGAUGGGUGUUUUUGUUUUGUUUUUCUUUCUUUUUUCUUUUUUUUUUCUUUUUUUUUUGAAUAUUGCACUGAUGACUGUUGUUGAAAAGUUGGCUUUUAUGUGUCAACAUUUGAAUUUUUUUCUGAAUAGAAAAAAACAAACACAACAAAAUACUAUUGUAUAAAUAUAUGCUCCAGGUGAUAAUGUCCUAAUGUGUGUGUUACUUUGUGGAAAAAACAUGAUGUUUUUUAACAAAGAUGCGUGUAUCUCUGUGAUUGGGUGUAUGUAUAUAUACAUAAUGGAUAUAUAUAUCGACGCUGAUGAUGAUGAUGAUGAUGAUGACAUCUUGGGGCACUUUCUUUUCUGAAGUGCUGUCUUCCUGUUUAUUUGAAAGGGGAAUAAUACAUUUGAUGGUAAGAUCAUUGUAACAUGAUUAAAAAUUGCACGGUUGUGUGGUUGUUUGGCUUACCAGGGUCAUAACAUUUAUGACGUAAGGAGCCAGCCGCCGGAUUGGUGUACAUGAGUGAGAUGAUUUUUUAAAAAAAAAAUAGAAAAAAGUGCUGACUUCUUUGGACCAAGUUGUGUUUCUGGUCUUGCUUCAUUUCAAGCGAGAGGAAACAGCUGAUUUUCAUGAGUGAUGCAGAUGUUCCAUCAUGUUUGAUUUUUGGUUUUGUUUGUUUUUGUUUGUAUUCUUUUAUUUUUGAACGUUUGUAACACUGUGAUGAUGACGUGAUGUCAUGUGGAGAUGAGUGCUGUAUUAUUUUUGUACGUUUGUGUACAAGCCAGUAAAGAAAUCAUUAAACUCAAAUUCUCUGUGUAUGCAU